AUGAGUAAGUCGUUGGGGAUUCCGGUGAAGCUGCUGCUCGAGGCGCAAGGCCACGUUGUUACUAUCGAGUUGAAAAACGGGGAGUUGGUGCAGUACGAGGUGGACUGGUACAAGGUGGUGUCCAUCUUCCGGGGAGAGAAGCUGCGGAGAUCAACUAAGGACUUUAGUGGCACAAACCUUGUUAGCCUCGACGUCGAUACGCAUUUCCUGGUCAUAAUCCGAGACAUCGAUACGCAUUCCUCUCAGCUGUUAGCCCUUGGUCCGUGCGACGCUUCGCGAAUGGCGGCGACGCCCUCCCGGGUUCGCGAACAGCAGGAUCCUUCGCCGCGGCUCCCCUCGCGAGGUUACCACCACCUUCAGGCGACGUUCGUGAUUUCUCCAUGGCGGCGGCUGCCGAUGCUACUUCUGCUGGUCCUUGGCUUCAUCGCGUUUUGCCACGAUGCGUCGAUUUCGUUGGCCGCCACUCUUGUGAACUCUGUUCAAGGUGAAAUACUGGAGCAGUGUGCGGUGGAGAUGGGUGUAAAGGGUAACACUUGGAGCAACGCUACUACAUGUGGGAUGGAGGUGGGGUUACGUUGUAACAAAGACGGCACAGUCAACACCAUUGAUCUUCACAGCUCCAAUCUCACCGGAAGCAUCUGCUCCGGAAUAGGCAAGCUCACAACACUCGUUAUAAUAAAUCUGAGCUUCAACGCUCUGACAGGGACCAUUCCGGCCAGCAUCGGCCAGCUUUCGCGCCUGCAGACGCUCAACCUUGGUAACAACACCCUCACAGGCGCUCUACCUGCCACUUUCUCUGCGCUCAACAAUCUUACAUUCCUGUCCCUCAGCUACAAUGAGCUCUCAGGAGUCAUUCCGCCGUCCAUCUCUAGCCUCUCCAGGCUCCAGUACUUCCAGGUGCGCAGGAAUUCUUUCAGAGGGGAGGUCCUUCCAGCCCUGGCAUCUCUCACAAGAUUAAUUUCCAUCGACAUUGCGCAGAACCAGUUCAGCGGAUCCAUCCCCUCGGAGUUUGGCAACCUAUUCAGCUUGCGAAACGUGUAA